AUGGCAGAAACUAACCAUGUGCGCAGUUCAACUACCGAUAUGAAGAAGGCUAGCAGGGCCAGGACUUUCACUGGUUGCUGGGCUUGCCGGUUAAAGAAACGGAGAUGCAAUUUGGAGAAACCAAUAUGUUCUCUGUGUGUUCGGCAUGGUGACCAUUGCUCGUACGAUAUAAGGCUGAUGUGGCUCGAUGAGAACAUCUACAAAGUUAACAAGAGAAGUCAAUUGAGCAAUCUGGGGACGGUCAAGUCUGCUAAGCUGUCCAAGGAGAAGUUUAAGAACAUGAUGCAUUUUGAGAACGGUUCUUUGAAGAAGAUCGUUGCCCCAGUCGACGAAUUGAAAAAGGACGAAAAGUUCACUAUCAGCAUUAGAAGGUUUCAAGUGUAUGAUAAUGCAGUUCGGUCUGUCUACGUGGAGUCCAAUAGAUACGACCAAAAGUACGUGGACUCCAGAUUGAACAAUUUGCUGGAAAAUGUGGAAGAUGAUGUACUCGUGGCACAGGACGAUGCUUGUUGCAAUGUUAAACAUGGACCCUUUAAUGUGUUUAGCACUGCUGGGAGACAGACAACCAAGAUUGAACCGAUCCCCAGUCCUGUCUCGUCAUGCGAACUAAGGCAACCAGAACCGGUGUAUAAAGCGAAGGGCAACUGGAUGACCCCAGAACUAGACGCAAUAGACCAAACGAUGAGCAUGUACGAGAUCCCGGAACUAGCGUACUUGUCACCAGUUUCCUCCACGGGGUCGAUGGAUGAGGUUCUCGAAUCAAAGAUUUACAACACACUGUGGCUACAUUGCAACGACAACAUGAUACUGAGUCGGAAUGAAUACUCCUCAUGGUUCAUAGAUCACAUGAAGACGUCGAUCCCCGUCGAUUUCUUGGCGGUGAUUCAAAAUAUAAUUGAUGAUGUGUCCCUGACACAUCUGGACACAUGGAUCCCCAUGGUUGUUGACGACAGGUACAGCGUUGACUGCCAAUCGGUUGGAGUGACGCUGCUCCUGAUCUUGAACGCCUACUACAACUACCCAGUAUUUACGACAAUCCUGGAAAACUGGUUUCUACGACAGUCUACCGCCAGGUAUUGUAUGUACCCGCUGAUAAACUUCAUUGUGCGGGAACUCGAUUCCUGUCAGAUGCUGUACCAUUGCUACAAGUUGCUUAAUGGCAGCAUUUCAUUGCAGGAUUCGUACCAGGAUGAAUUGACCUUUGAGUUGAACGUCAUGGUCACCGAAAAGCUUGUCGGGAAGUGGAAAGAUAGGGUGUUGCAACAACUGGUCUUCGAACAAGAUACCAGCAACUCAUGCUCCCAGUUGAAGUACUGGGAGUUACAACUCAAGUGCCAGGAGCAGUUUUAUAGAGAUAUUUACGUUAUGACGGAUGAAUGA